UCUAUGUGACGUCACCAUGUUAAAGCAGCCACCUGAAAUCUACAGCGGGCGUGUCAUAAACAAGGAAGACUGACUGGUACACACCCUUAGCAAUGGAUGAUCAUGAGGAGAGAAGCGGUUCCGGGGCCCCACAUGGCCGCUCCAGCCCGCCACCGCAGCCCAGCGAUGCGACACCGGCCCGGCUCUUUCUGCAAAGCUUCUCCCGGAGCGCGCCCAGCCAGUUAUCACUCACCCAGGGACUGCAGCUCCGCUUCGAUCGGAACAUCAAGCAAGCGUUCUACAACACGGGGGCGUUGCUCUUCGCAGCCGGCUGCUGUGGGGCUGCUAUACUGGUGUACUUUAUAUUGGAGGCAUUUCUGCGGCCACUGCUGUGGGCAGCGCUAUGCGGCACCUUCCUGCAUCCCUUCAAACACACUUUAACGGGUGCAUGCCGUCGUUGGCUUUCCCGGAUCCAGCGCCAGGGAUCGCCCAUUGUCCUGGCCACUCUGCUGUUACCAGUCAGCUUUGUCAACCACAGUCUGGAGGCCUUGGGGGAGCUGGUGGCUCGUAAACUGCCAUUGCUGGCCGGGGCGCCUCUUCUCUAUGUGCUGUACUGGGCUGGGAGCUACCUGGGGGUGCGGCACAUAGUGGGCUACGUGUGCGGCCUGAUCUGUGGGGGCCUGGACUACUUCAGCUCCCAGUGGAUCUGGACCCUGGUCAUUGGGUAUAUACUGGCAGUUUCAUUCAGGUGGAAUGUAGCUACCCAGCGAUAUCUAACUGCCAUUUCAAUUCCUAUUUGGGUCAUUCUACUUUUUCACUUCGCAUCUGUUGCUGGAUCAUGGAAGAUUCCAGUAUUCCUUGUGAUUGUGUUGUUGAUGGUUGUAGGAGCCCUGCAUGAGAAACAGGCUGUGCAAGGAAUCCCAGCUAUGGUUAUUCCUGGACAAAUGUUAAACAUUGCAACCUCAACUAUUGCUAUGGCAAUAUCAAUUACUGGUUUUCAACACCAAGAAGAGAUGCAUGCAGCUGAAAGUUCAGGAAUGGGUACAAGUGCAACCCCCACCUCUCCCCUUUCAUCCCCUUUUGGAAGGCAGAAAAGUGAAAUUGGAGCAUUUUUGAAAAAAAAGAAAACUAGUGAUAUCUACUUUGUUCUCCUUGUGUGGGCCAUUGUCAUUGUACAGAUAUGCCUUAAUCUAUGGAUUGUACAACUUUUGCCGGUACCCAUUGCAGGUAAUCCAUUUAAGGAGCUGGUGUUACAUUUUGGGGUUAUAGAUUUUUUGGUGGAUCGGUUUGGAUCUUGGUGGGAUAGAAUAGAAAACUUUUUGAAACAACGGCAAGAAGCAUUGGCACCUGGACCUAUUCGAGGACUGGGAAGGUUCAUCCUAAAAGUUGACAGUAAGGUAUUUAUUGUUUCUUCUUGUA